AUGGCUCCCAUCGACGAAGAUGGAUUUUCUUUAACUCAUCUACAAAAAGCAACGAGCUACAUAAAAGGAAAGAUCCCAUCAAGCCCACGAAUUCUUAUUAUAUGCGGUUCUGGACUAGGUAUAUUAGCAGAUUCUUUGCAGUCUCCAAUCGUGAUCCCAUACGGAGACAUACCUAAUUUCCCUGAAAGUACUAUAAAAGGACACUCAGGACAACUAGUUUUUGGUACAAUAUCAGGCAUUAAUGUGUUGUGUAUGAAAGGAAGAUUCCAUUACUACGAAGGUCAUUCGUUAAAAGAAAAUAACUUCUCCUGUAAGAAUAGCAGAAAUUGCUUGGUGUGGAAUUGCUCAUCAUCACAAAAUGCCGCCGGUGGUGUUAACCAAAAAUACAAAGUUGGAGACAUAAUGCUCAUCAAGGACCACAUAAACUUUCUAGGUUUUGCUGGGACACAUCCUCUACGAGGACUAAAAUGA